GUUCAAUGGGACAGUAUGAGUUGACUUUUGUGACGUUUGACUUUAUGACGCGACUGUGGGAGAAAUCGUGUGCGUUUGUACAUGCACGCGCACUCUCACGUCACCGAGCGUGUGCGUAUGUGUGUGCUUGUACUUUUGCGUGCAGAGGUCUGCAGAAGGCGGCUUUGAAUGCACUUCAAAGCACCUUGUCUGCAGGGCGCAAAAAGGUGUUUGAUGUGACACAUUUUGAGAAUUCAAAAUGCAGUUGUUUAUUGAAUCUCAACUCUUAUUGGUAGAAUGUUUUACUUUUUCCUCCUCCCAUUGGCUCAGUGAAUGGUCACGUUUGUAAACAACUUUAUAUGGGGUCCAACGGCUCAAAGGCCAUUUUACUCCCUGUGACUGCUGGUGAGCAGAGAUGGCGAGAAUAUUUUUUCUUGAGGAGGCAAGAAAAAUGGUGUUGGAGGAGGAAUGUCCCACAGACUCAAUGGAUGAAAAGGAUGAUGUGUCACAAGACUAUGAUGAAGAUUUUGAGCCACUUGUAGGAGAGGAGGAAGAGGAUGAUGAUUAGGAUUUUGAGGAGGUUACAGCAGAAGCAGCAGAGGAGCAACAACAACAGAAUCAGGUCAGCACUCCAUGGCUUGCCAAAAACCAAGAAAUUGUGUGGUCCUCUACAAAUGAAGUUUCGAGGCACUUCAACCUGCCCCCUAUUCUAUUGCCUGGCCCAACGCUUUUUGCAAUUGCCAGGAUCAGUAGCCCCGAGACUACUGUCAAUCUGUUUUGCCCGGACGACAUUAUCCAGCAGAUUGUCUAAAAAAAAAAGCCCAAGAUUAUUUUGGACUACGAUCUGUGUAAAGCGGCAGUCGAUCACUUGGACCAGGCAUCUGCCACAUAUUCUUGCUGCUGGAGGACAUUACGAUGGCCAAUGUCCAUAUCAUAUCAUAUGCUGGAUCUGUCUCUCUUCAAUGCAUUCACCCUCUUUACUCAGGUGGACCCCGCAAUGGUGGCCACGCCACAAAGCCAGAAAUGUAAACGUGUGGUUCACAUGAAGAAAUUCCCGCUGGAUGGGGACAAUGCCGUCGAACAGGCGUCAUUGUUUGUGGUGCCAGUGGGCGUUAAAGAUAACAACAAGUCGGUCCAUAACGCAGGCAGCCCGAGUUUUUACUGCCUGCAUGACAUCAUGAGGGUGUGCAGCGAGACCAGCGCCCAUUUCUGCCCUGUCACCGCCAGGAUGCUUCUCGCCUUGGAUAAGUGGCUAGCAGAGCAGCACACCGUGCCUCACGCCAUCCCAGCUUUAUUCCGUCCGGCGCCAGUGGAGCGGGUGAAGACCAACGUCAGCAACCCGGCGUACGGCGGGGAAGGCAAAGUGAGUGAUGAGGGUCUGCACAUGGGCUACACGGCGCUGGAAAUCAAAAGCAAGAUGAUGUCCUUGGAGAAGGCGGACAUGUGUAUCCUAAACCCGCUCUACGGAUCCGAUCUCCAGUACACUAACCGGGUAGAUAAAGUCAUCAUCAAUCCAUAUUUCGGACUUGGAGCACCCGACUACUCCAAAAUCCAAAUCCCAAGCAGGGAGACGUGGCAGCACGGUGCCAACUGUGCAGCAGAUGACAAGGAACGGCAGUGGGUGGACGACUUCCCGCUUCACCGCAGCGCCUGCGAGGGAGACACGGAGCUGCUCAGCAAGCUUCUGGAUAGUGGCUUCUCAGUCAAGCAGCUGGACAGUGACCACUGGGCUCCUAUUCACUACGCCUGCUGGCACGGCAAAGUUGAGGCAACCAAGCUACUCUUGGAAAAAGGGAAAUGCAACCCAAACUUGCUGAACGGGCAACUUAGCUCACCUCUGCACUUCGCUGCGAGAGGUGGCCACGGUGACAUCGUGCAACUUUUGCUGCAGCACCCUGAGAUUGACCGGCACAUAGAAGACCAGCAGAAGAGAUCGCCGCUGCAAGUGUGUGAAGAGAACAAGCAGAACGAAUGGGAGGAGACAAUGAAGCUUCUUCAGCAAGCUAACAGCAAACCUUACGAGAAAGUGCGCAUCUACCGCAUGGACGGGUCAUACCGUUCCGUGGAGCUGAAGCACGGCAAUAACACCACCGUACAGCAGAUCAUGGAGGGCAUGCGUCUCUCCCAGGAGACCCAACAGUACUUCACCAUCUGGAUCUGCUCGGAGAACCUCCACCUUCAGCUGAAGCCGUACCACAAACCCUUGCAGCACCUGCGCAUCUGGACUGAGAUCGUGACGGACCUGACCGUGCUGGAUCCGCAAAGGGAGACGCCUCAGCUCUUCCUCCGCAGGGAUGUCCGCUUACCUCUGGAGAUUGAGAAAAAGGCGGAGGAUCCGCUGGCCAUUCUCAUCCUGUUCGACGAGGCCCGACACUGCCUGUUGAAGGGUUUCUUCCCGGCUCCAGACAGCAAGCUAAUCACGUUAGCCAGCUUUCUGCUGCAGAUCAUUUACGGAAACUACGAGAGCAAGAAGCACAAGCAAGGAUUUUUGAAUGAGGAAAACUUGAAGUCCAUUGUGCCCAUAUUGAAAGUGAAAAGCAAAGCGUACCACUGGACCAACAGGAUUCUUCAUGAAUACAAAGCGCUGAGCACCAGUGAAGGCGUGAGCAAGGAGAUGCACCACCUGCAGCGUCUCUUUCUGCAGAACUGCUGGGACAUCCCCACGUACGGUGCCGCCUUCUUCACCGGUCAGGUGUACACCAAGGCAAGCGCCAGCAACCACAAAGUUAUCCGUGUCUACGUGGGCGUCAACACCAAAGGGCUGCACCUAAUGAACAUGGAGACCAAGGCGCUUCUCAUCAGCUUAGAGUACGGCACGUUCAUGUGGCAGCUGGGACCCGCUGACCAAUACUUCCAAGUACACAGCGGAGAAAACAAAAUGAACUUCAUCGUGCAUACCAAGCAGGCUGGCCUCAUCGUUAAACUUCUAAUGAAACUGAGUGGACAGAUGACGUCUAAUGACAAAGGCGGCGCAGACAAAUACGCUUACGGCUGAACCGAUUGCUCAGGACAACGCAGCUGCCAAACUAUUUCAACGCAGAAUAAUAAAUGAGGGCCCAGUCGGCUUUUGGUUGGCUAGCUGGUAUUAAGACCAAUUUAAACUUCACUGUGUGUUUGAGAUUGUUUUGAAAAAGCUUGUUUUUCUAUGUUCAUGUAAAUAUGUCUAUUUAAUAAUUAGUUUU